AUGCAAUGUGCUUUGAGUGGGGAGGGCGGCGCAGACUCAAAUAUCCAAAACAAUUUAUUUUCCCAUAUGGCUGAGCGAACGGAAACUGUAGUGAAACACACACUGCAAAGCGAGAAAAGUAUAUCUCCUGGUGCCGACACUCUCCAACGAUGUGAACCCAAAACCCUUCAUUUACGAACAGGAGGCUUCAGUUUGUUUAUUUGUUUGUUUGUUUUUGAAUCCAUUCCUCACAUCAGCGUCCAACAUUAA